GAACAACAACAAUUCAGCUUGUCCACCCAAUUCUCGACUCUGGACCUACAUUAGGUACCUACAUCAAUAUUUUGCGAGCAGCCUUCCACCGAUAAAACUAGAUCAUCCAACUCUACAACCUGCUCCCCUACCCCCUAGCCAUCCCCUCCCGAUAACAACCAUGGGCUCCAACACCCACCGCGCCGACGAGCGGCGCUUCCUCGACGAGCGCGGCUCAAACGCCGCCCUCGCGCCCAACGGCCUCAAUCCCGCCACCAUCAUGGAAAAAGCCGUGCGCGAGCGCAUAGUCGAUAGCUACUUCUGGAAAGAGCAAUGCUUCGGCGUCAACGAAGCCGACAUCAUCGACCGCGUCGUCGACCACGUGUCCUUCAUCGGCGGUACCUACGGCGGGAACCAGAAGCCGAGCCCCUUUCUAUGCCUAGCCUUCAAACUACUACAAUUGGCGCCCGACGAUGCCGUUCUCGGAGAGUAUUUACAGUACGGCGGGGACCGCUUUAAGUACCUGCGCGCUCUGGCUUGUUUCUACGUGCGGCUGACGCGACGCGCCGAGGCCGUGUAUACGAUUCUGGAGCCGUUCCUCGAGGACAAGCGGAAGUUACGGCGGAAGGGGCGCGCGGGCACGAGUUUGACGUAUGUGGAUCAGUUCGUCGACGACUUAUUAACAAAGGACCGCGUCUGCGCUACGAGUUUGUGGCAGAUGCCUAAGCGCGAGGUCCUCGAGGACUUGGAGUUACUGGAGCCGAGAACUAGCCCGCUUGGUGAUAUUGAGGAUUUAUUGGAGGACGAGGAUGUGGAUAUGAACGGGGAUACUAAUGGAGACGCGAGGGCAGAUAGUGAUGAAGAGGGGUUAAUCGAGGAGGGAGAGCAGCUUUCGGAUAGGGGGCGUAGGAGAUCGACUUCUGGGUCAAGCGGGAGAGGAGACUCGAGGUCCCGUGGUAGAGACCGAUCGCGAAGUGGCAUGGAUGUUGAUUCGAGUGGUGAAUCUGGCAGGGAUAACCGAUGAGAGAAUACGACUACGAGGAGUUACGCGAUUUGCCCUAGAGACAGGGCCGUACAAAUUACUGCGAAAUUUCACGGUCACUUGGAAUGCAAAUUUGCUCUAUAUUCAUAGUAUGAGCAGAUGGUAAGAGUUAGAAGA